ACCCAUUUUGCCAUCCUGCUGCAUCCAUGCGUGGAGUCACCUUUGUUUCUCCCACAUCCCAGUGCUCCCUUCCCUUAUGGGUGUGUGGCAUCUCCCUGGGGAUGGAAUGGGUUCCAGGUCCCAGAGCUCUGAACAGUUAAUCAUCACUUGAGGGCAUUGGAGAAAUUUUGCUUGAAUCUUUUUAUUUAUGUAUUUUUUAAAGCUGAAAGGGGCCUUUUUGGAUGCUGGUUUGGGAGGCCUCAUAGGGGAGGAAUUGGAGAGCCCCAGGAGCAUCCUCUGCCACAGACCCAUCCCCGCAGUCGGACCCUGCCCACGCAGCCAAAUUCACAGCAGGACCUUGCCAGGGUUUUUGGGGCAGAAGCUGGGGAAGAGACCUGUCCUGCUCACCCCGGGGAGCAGGCCGGGAUGGCAGGCUGCCCACCACCUGCCUCUGCCCCUGCCCGUGCUAAUGAGCGAGUUACACAACAAGGAGCUUUUAUACUUUGUUAAUCGGGUCCGGCAUCCAGCCCGCCUCUCCACGCACGCUCCGGCUGGUGGUGGAACCCCAGCUCCCUCCUUCCCUCUCCUCAGCUGCCUUUUGUAAUGUUUUAAUGGGGUUUCUUUCCUGGGCUGGGCUGACUUAAUUACAAAGCUGCAGUGAGUUGAUGCCUUGUGACGGUCUAAUCCCAACCCGGUGACUCUACAAAGCUUUCACCCGGCUUCCUUGCUGCUCCACUCCAGCCUCGCCAUCCCUGCAUCCAUCUCAGCUCUGUGCUCUGACCUUCUGAGGACAGCUCAGCUUUUCCUCUUCCUGGUGAGUAUCCAGGACAUUUUACAACUGAAAGAACUACGUUGAAGACCAUCAUCCAGCCCUCGCUCAACGCAGCACCUCCAGAGCUUGAAUUGGUUUUAGUGCCUGGAACAAGGGGACGCCUAUCCCUUUCCCAGGAGGUGGAAGGAAAGAGGAUGCCCCUGGAAAAUGGUUGAGCUGGAACCAAGCAUUCCUCACAGCCUUGGAGCUGGUGCUACAGCCAGGCAGGGGUAGAUGCUGGAGGCAGUUUGAAGGCAGCCCUGCUCCUUAUGGAUGGGAACAAGGUGUUUCACCCAGACUGCGUUGGAAAGAUGCUGAGAGGUUUAUAGUCCAGCCUUGCAGUUGGUGGAGCACUGAGACCUGAGAAUUUGAAAAAUACUUCAGGGAUAAGUAUUUAUUUUGGUAAUAUUAUUUCUUCUGGUAUUAGAAAUAAAAGGAUGAGCUGGCUGCCUGGCCAGAGUUGGAUGCUCUGCCCAUGUGAAGGUGGUCUGAGAUGCCCCCAGCCCAAAGAGGAAAGGCAGAAUGAGAAAAACACAUGAAGGGAUGAUUUUUUAAGAUUUUUAAGCUGCUUUUGCAAACAUCCCUGGUGCUUCUCCAGGCUGCUCAGCCUCCUGCAGGCAGAGAUGCAGGCAGUAGGUGAUGGAGCUGAGGAGGAUUGGGGGUGUGCUCUGCACAUUCACUCCUGCCCCCAUCUCUGGAGGAUGGGCAGGGAAUGGGGUGUAAGCGAGGCCGUGGAGACGCUUUGGAUCCAUGCUGAUUCCUUCUUCCCUCUGCCAGUGUCCUGCUGCCGACAGAAGACAGAGGACAACAUGUCUGCAGUUACGGGCACAUUUCGGAUCGUGUCGGAGGAGGAGCAGGCCCUGCGCGCCAAGCUGGAGCGCCUCACCACCAAGGACCACGGCCCCGUCUUUGGGAGGUGUGAGAAGAUCCCCCCACACACCCUGCAGAAGGCAAAGGAUGAGCUGAACGAGACGGAGGAGAAGAGGGAGGUGGCAGUGAAGGCUCUGCGGGAGCUGGUGCAGGAGCGGGCGGGCGGCGAGGACGUUUGCCAGAAGGUGGCUGAGAAGGUGCAGGAGAAGGAUGACUCCUUCUUGCUCCGCUUCAUCCGUGCUCGCAAGUUUGAUGUGCACAGAGCCUAUGACCUGCUGAAAGGCUAUGUGAAUUUCCGCCAGCAGUACCCCGAGCUCUUUGACAACCUGAGCGCCGAGGCCGUGCGCAGCACCAUCGAGGCUGGCUACCCUGGCAUCCUGGCCAGCAGGGACAAGUACGGGCGGGUGGUGAUGCUCUUCAACAUCGAGAACUGGGAUUAUGAGGAGAUCACCUUUGAUGAGAUCCUUCGUGCCUAUUGCAUUAUCUUGGAGAAGCUGCUGGAGAACGAAGAGACCCAGAUCAAUGGGUUCUGCAUCAUUGAGAACUUCAAGGGCUUCACCAUGCAGCAGGCAUCAGGGAUCAAACCCUCCGAGCUCAAGAAGAUGGUGGACAUGCUGCAGGACUCCUUCCCAGCACGGUUCAAGGCCGUCCACUUCAUCCACCAGCCCUGGUACUUCACCACCACCUACAACGUGGUCAAACCGUUCCUGAAGAGCAAGCUGCUGGAGAGGGUCUUUGUGCACGGUGAGGAGCUGGAAUCCUUCUACCAGGAGAUCGACGCUGACAUCUUGCCAGCAGACUUUGGUGGGAACCUGCCCAAGUACGACGGCAAAGCAACCGCAGAGAAGCUCUUUGGGCCCCGCAUCGAGUCCGAGGACACGGCUCUCUAAAGCAGGAGCCUGCUGCCCUCCCCUGUACCCCAGCACCAGGGGUGGCCCUCUAACCCCAGCCACCCCCCUCCUGUAGCAUUGGAUCGAUGACUGCUCGUGUGGAGGCGCUCCAGGUGCGUUGUUCCAGCCUGUCCCUCCUGUCCCCACUCCAGGCAGCAGGCUGUCCCUCCCAGGCACAGCAUCCUUCCCUCUGGAGCCAGUGGAGAAAGGCCACCAGCCUUCUCCCACAGCACUUCCUGGAGCUGCCAGGGGAGGAUGGGAGUGUCUGCUCUGGGAAGGGAGGGCUACAGCGAGGGAGAAAUAAAGUGUGUAACAGCA